AUGUCGAGCGCACAGGCUAGCGAAGAGGCGAAAUCUGCCGAAGUGCCCAAGGCCGUGAUUAAAAAUGUCGAUAUGGAGCCUGACAUGCAGCAGGCCCUGAUCGAGGUGGCCGCGGAUGCGAUGAUUCGCUUUGCCGUCGAGAAGGAUAUGGCGGCCCAUAUCAAGCGCACAGCCGACGAGCGCUACGGGCCUACAUGGCACGUUAUUGUCGGUCGGAGUUUCGGGAGCUUUGUCACACAUGAAUCGAAGCACUUUCUCUACUUCUACCUCGGCCCCAUGGCCUUUCUUCUAUGGCGCGCCUAG